AUGGCAGAGUUCAGUAUUCUGACUCCUAAUGCCAUGCUUGGCUAUGGCUACAAACUCGAGCAUUUCUGGUUUGGCGUUGAGCAAUACUCCCCAAAAGCCAUUAUCGUCGACAGUGGCUCUACCGAUGGCGGCCCCUACAAAUUGGGCUUGAAUAAGAUGACCUGCGGUCGCGACUCAUAUGUCCGCGAUCUAACUCCUAUUCUGCAAGCCUGUUUUCACAAGAAAAUUCAAGUUCUCAUUGGAUCUGUGGGCGGAGAUGGUAGUGAUAAGCACGUCCAAGAAAUGUUCGAGAUUGUUCGGGAAAUCGCCGCCCACGAGGGAUUAUCUUUCAAAGUGGCGACCAUCAAUGCAGGCUUCCGACGGGAUCUACUUACACAUCGCAUCGUCAACAACAAGGUGUCGCCCUGCGGUCCCGUGGAAGAAUUGACGGUUGAAAGUGUUGAUCGUGCCAUUGACCUCGUCGCCCAGAUGGGUUCAGAACCCUUCACGGAGGCCCUGAAGAGCAACCCCGAUAUCAUUCUGGGCGGUCGUUGCUACGAUCCGGCUCCCUUUGCCGCCUUUGCCAUGCAUCAUGGAGUGCAGCCAGGCGUUGCAUGGCAUAUGGGGAAGAUCAUGGAGUGUGGAGGCAUCUGUGCCAUACCAAAGGGACGGUCAAUGAUUGCAACUAUGCGCCCCGACUCUUUCGAUCUCACGCCUUUGGCACCUCGCGAACGUUGCACUCCUCUGUCAGUCGCUGCUCAUACCCUAUACGAGAAAACGUGUCCCGACCGUCUGCCGGGACCCGGAGGUGUCCUUUGUCUGGACCAUGCAUCUUACGAGCAGCUGACCGAGAAGACAGUCCGAGUUCGUGGCGCUGAAUUUUUCCCGACUCCGGUUUAUCAGGUCAAGCUGGAAGGCGUCGAAAAACUCGGAUACCGGACAAUCUUCAUUGGAGGGAUUCGAGACCCGAUUUUGAUCGAUCAAAUCGAUUCUUUUCUGGCCGACGUGCGCGCGUAUACUCGGAACCUGUUCCCCCAGCUCGAUCAGUCGCCGCAGUGCCAGCUGAUCUUUCACUUCUAUGGCCGCGAUGGCGUGAUGGGACCGAUCGAGCCCGCGGCGGUGGCGGGCCAUGAACUGGGUAUCUUGGGCGAAGUGGUGGCCCCGUCCCAGGAGCUUUCCUACACCAUCGCCAACAAUGCCCGAGCCUCUAUCCUUCACAUGCCCUACAAGAACCAGGUCGCGACCACAGGAAACUUUGCUUCCCCUCUCUCGCCACAUGAAACCAAUGCUGGCCCCGUGUUUCGCUUCAAUGUCUAUCACUUGGUCGACUUGAAGCCGGGCGAAGAGACGAACCUGUUCCCCGUGGAGCUGAGGACUAUUGACAGUGUCCCGACUGCCCCAAAUCGCGUGUGCCCCGGUCUGACCGACGGUGACCGGGAACGGCUUGCAGCCGAGCCCCUAGAGCCCUUAUCCUCCAAAUCAAUCCCCAACCGUACCUGCCAGAUGCUGGACAUCGCCAAAAUUAUCCGUUCCAAGAACUCUGGUCCGUUCGAGUUGACAUUCGACAUUAUGUUUGACACCAAAGAGGCGUAUGAGCGGGUCAAGAACGCAUAUGUCUUGACGAACAGCCGAAUCAUGAGAUUGUACCGCCUCCAAGAAGAAGACAUCAUUACCAACAUGUUCUUCGAGCCUGCUCUCGCCUGGAAAUGUACUAUUCGCCGCCCCUGGGAGCAGGGAACCGUAGGGGAGAGAGACACCCUGGGAACGCAGCAACAUGGGCCCUUGCUGACCAUCACCGUUCCUGGGGACGACGAGACGCCCUUUGCAGACCGCUCUCACUUUUCGGCCAAGGAUAGUGUCAACUACCUAUGGAACACUCUCGGCCUCCCAGCGGGUGUCCCAAACGACCGGCUUCAGCUGCCCGGACAAGGUCUAGGCCUUCCCUCAUCCUUCAAAGUUGCCCACCUCGCUCAGGCUUCGAUUGGGCUCUCCGCCCUACUUGCCGCCCAGAUAUACGCCCUUCGCAGCGGCUCCGCCGUCCCCGCCGUCUCAGUUCCCCUGCAACAUGCGGCCAUCGAGUUCAAAUCUGAGCGCCUGUACACCCUAGACGGCAAGCCGGCACCGUCGCCCUGGGGCCCCAUCGGAGGACUCCACAAAACAGCUGAUGGCUACGUUCGCGUGCACGACUCGUUCCCCAACCACCGGGACGGCGCAAAAGCCCUGGUUGGAUGCCCCCCAGAUGCCGACCGGGCGCAACUCGCAUCGCGGCUUGUAAGCUGGCGUUCGGUGGAUGUGGAGGCGGCCGCCUUCGAUGCGAAGUUGGUUAUCUCCGCUCUGCGCAGCUACUCGCAAUGGGACGUGCUCCCGCAAGCCCGUGCCGUCAGCGACUUUCCAAUUACCCUACGGAAGCUGUGCGAUGGACCAGUCGGGCUGCCCGCGACCAUGACCUCUACGAGGCCGGACAAGUGUCUAAGGGGCCUCCGCGUACUGGAGCUCUCGCGUGUCAUCGCUGCCCCGCUAUCUGGCAAGACGUUGGCGGCGCACGGUGCCGACGUUCUCUGGGUCACCAGCCCCAACCUCCCCGAUCUCCCGACAAUGGACCGGGACUUUGGCCGUGGGAAGCGCACCAUCCAGCUAGAUCUGACCACUGAGGCGGAUCAGGCGGAGCUCGACCGACUGCUGGUCGACGCCCAUGUGUUCACUCAAGGCUUUCGGCCCGGCGGCCUCGCGCAGCGAGGCUACUCCCCCGCGGCCCUUGCCCAACGCUUCCAAAACCGCAAUAUCAUCUGCGCCAAUAUGUCCGCCUACGGACCUGAGGGCCCUUGGGCCAACAGGCGUGGCUUUGAUUCCCUCGUCCAGACCUGUUCCGGCAUGAACGUCUCCGAAGCGGAGCACUUCGGCGCCGGCGAGGCCGCCCGACCCACCCCCUGUCAGGCUCUUGAUCACGCUGGCGGCUACUUCCUCGCCGCCGGUAUCCAGGCGGCCUUGUACAAACAAGCUACCGUGGGCGGCUCUUGGCAAGUCGAUGUCUCCCUGGCCGGAGUCAUGAAGUACCUGCGCUCGCUCGGCCAGUUCGAUGGCCGCUCUGGCUUUGAGACCGCAGACUACCAAUGCACCAACGAUGUUCCCCCACAGUUUCUCGAGACACGCGAUACCGCAUUCGGGCCCAUGGUGGCUGUGCGCCAUUCCGCGGCUAUUGAUGGUGUCGCCGUAGGCUGGGACUUUAUGCCGAAGCCGUUGGGCUCGGAUGAGAAAAUGUGGAUCUGA